AUGGCUUAUGUAGAAAACGUUCCUGCACUGGCCCUAAUUGAUACUGGCUCUCAGGUCUCCACGGUUAGCGAGGACUUCUAUCGCGAAUUUUUGAUGGGCUUUAUUGAGGCCGCAAUUUCUUUUCCUGAGCAAAGCAGUGGGGUGGACGUUUCUUAUGCCGUACCUCUACUCGUUGUUAAUAAUACGACAUUCAACAAGCAGGUGCCACYAGUCCUUGGUACGAACGUUAUAAAGUACUGCAGAGAACGGUGCAUGGAGGAACAUGGUCAGCGGUAUCUUCAAAUAGCACAGCCGGACAUGGCCUGGAGACUUGCGUACCAACAUCUUGUACAUCAGGAGAAACGUUUACGUAAGGGAUUCAAAGGGAGGAAGGUAAGAAGCGAGAAAGGACCUACCGUGAUAAAAGGUAAUGAAACCGCUGUAGUGUGGACCGCAUGCAGGACCAAGAAUAAUGGCCUUACAUACUGUGCAAUGGCAGAAAGUAACACCUCAGAGGAUUUGCACAUCAUACCGACGCUAGUCAUUGUCAAGCUGGAUGGAGGAGAACAACGCAUACCACUUAAAGUGCAUAAUAGUUCCGCGCGCGACAUUACCAUUCCGGGAAAUACAGUACUGGCGAUCCUGAAGAGCAAAGGAAGACGGCCUUACAGGUACUGAAGGGGUGGGAACAAAGAAUAUUUUCUCAGAGCGCAACCGACCUUGGACGCACGUCUGCUGUCAAGCAUUCCAUCAAACUCUCGGAUAAUACUCCUUUCAAGAUCAGACAUCGACGUGUCCCCCCGGGUCAGUACGAGGAAGUUCGUCGCCAUUUGAAAGAAAUGCUGGAUUGUGGUGUGAUACGAGAAAGUCACAGCCCAUGGUCAUCACCCAUUGUACUUGUCAGGAAGCG